GUGCUCAUGUUUAGCUGUGGGGAUAGUCAAAGUGGAUUCCAUUGGGAAAGACUGCAAAUCACUCCGGUUUGAACGGGGGGAAGGGGGGGAACGAAGCCAAGAGGAUCUCCAUCCAACGAGGAAGGGUGUUGCUACUUACCUUGCCCAGCGUACGCGCGCCGCGUAUCUCUCUCUCUCUCUCUCUCUCUCUCUCUCCAACAGCCAGCCAGCCAGCUAGCUAGCUUCCUGCGCUGGUGAAGAAAGGCAGGAGGGGAGGCGAAGAAGCCUGAGAGAGAGAAAGCCAGAGCAAAAACAUCUUUGGCUGGAGGAGGAGGAGAAGAGAAAGAGCCAGCAAGAAAGAGCGCGCGGGAACCAGCAAACUUGCCUCUCUCUUGUCACUGGAAAAUGACACUUGAUGUAGCCGAGGGCGCCGCCGCCGCCGCCGCCGCCGCAGGAGCAGAAGCCGCAGCAGCUCCGGUUCAGCCUAUUGUUUCUUAAACUGCCUUCUUUCUUCUGCAAUCCAAAAGGGGGGGACACCUCAGCACCGAAGGGACCGCCGCUUCGUCCUCCGGCGUCUUAUGUGAGCCCUGCCAGCAAACAAGCAGCAAACAAUAAAUAAUCAUAUACCAAUAGAAAAGGCCACUCCGCCACACACCCUCGAAAAGAACAAGCCCAUCAGGCAGCCAAGAGCAUCAACAGCCAACCCCGGGGGGUGAUUUUUGUUCCCCUUUGGAUUUCUCCCCCCGGUUCUUCAAUGUCUGUGUUUGAUUUUCUCUGAUUUGCUUUGAUUACGGCAGCCUUUCCAGAGAAAGAAAGCAAAAAAAGAAAAGAAAAAGAAAGAACCCCAAACAAAACAAAAACUCCCUGGCGAUUUUGUUAUCAGCCUUAUUCUUUGUUGUUGUGUUUUGGGAUUUAUUUAUUUUUUAAGAAGAAGGGAGGAUUGGUUUGUUUUAAAUUCAUGUUUGGGAUUCAGGAAAGCAUUCAAAGGAGUGGGAGCAGCAUGAAGGAAGAGCCCCUGGGCGCGGGGAUGAACGCGGUCAGGACCUGGAUGCAGGGAGCCGGCGUGCUGGAUGCAAACACAGCCGCGCAGAGCGGGGUGGGCCUGGCCCGGGCCCAUUUCGAGAAGCAGCCGCCCUCCAACUUGAGGAAAUCGAACUUCUUCCACUUCGUGCUGGCUCUCUACGACCGGCAGGGGCAGCCCGUGGAGAUCGAGCGCACCGCCUUCGUGGGUUUCGUCGAGAAGGAGAAAGAAGCCAACAGCGAAAAGACCAACAACGGGAUCCAUUACCGGCUUCAGCUCCUCUACAGCAAUGGGAUAAGAACAGAACAGGAUUUUUAUGUCCGCUUAAUCGACUCCAUGACAAAACAAGCGAUAGUAUACGAAGGCCAAGACAAGAACCCAGAAAUGUGCAGAGUUCUGCUCACCCAUGAAAUAAUGUGCAGCCGCUGUUGUGACAAGAAGAGCUGUGGCAACAGAAAUGAGACUCCUUCGGAUCCAGUGAUAAUUGACAGGUUCUUCUUGAAAUUUUUUCUUAAAUGUAACCAGAACUGCCUAAAAAAUGCAGGAAACCCUCGAGAUAUGCGGAGAUUUCAGGUUGUGGUAUCUACAACAGUCAACGUGGAUGGUCAUGUCUUGGCAGUGUCGGAUAACAUGUUUGUGCACAACAACUCCAAACAUGGGCGAAGGGCUCGAAGGCUUGAUCCUUCGGAAGGUACGCCUUCUUAUCUGGAACAUGCAGCUACACCAUGUAUCAAAGCCAUCAGUCCAAGUGAAGGAUGGACUACGGGAGGUGCCACUGUCAUCAUCAUAGGAGACAAUUUCUUUGAUGGGUUACAGGUCAUAUUCGGCACCAUGCUGGUCUGGAGUGAGCUUAUUACACCUCAUGCAAUCAGAGUUCAAACACCACCCCGACACAUCCCUGGAGUAGUAGAAGUUACAUUGUCCUAUAAGUCCAAGCAGUUCUGUAAAGGUACACCGGGAAGAUUCAUCUACACAGCUCUGAAUGAACCCACCAUUGACUAUGGUUUCCAAAGGUUACAAAAAGUCAUCCCAAGGCAUCCCGGUGACCCAGAACGCUUGCCAAAGGAAGUAAUACUCAAAAGGGCAGCUGAUUUGGUGGAAGCACUCUAUGGUAUGCCACAUAACAACCAGGAAAUAAUCCUGAAAAGAGCAGCCGAUAUUGCAGAAGCACUCUACAGCGUCCCUCGCAAUCAUAAUCAACUCCCAGCACUUGGCAACACAUCCGUUCAUGCAGGAAUGAUGGGUGUUAAUUCCUUUAGUGGUCAGCUAGCAGUCAAUGUCUCAGAAGCCUCACAGGCCACCAAUCAGGGUUUUACUCGUAACUCAAGCAGUGUGUCGCCUCAUGGUUAUGUGCCAAGCACUACCCCACAGCAGACAAACUACAACUCAGUCACGACAAGCAUGAAUGGCUACGGAAAUGCUGGAAUGUCCAAUUUAGGUGGAUCUCCAACCUUCUUAAAUGGAUCUGCUGCCAAUUCUCCUUAUGCCAUUGUGCCAUCCAGCCCAACAAUGGCCUCCUCUACUAGCCUCCCUUCUAAUUGUAGCAGCUCCUCUGGGAUCUUCUCCUUCUCACCAGCCAACAUGGUCUCAGCGGUGAAACAGAAGAGUGCUUUUGCCCCUGUUGUUAGACCGCAGACUUCUCCUCCCCCAACCUGUACCAGCACCAAUGGGAAUAGCCUGCAAGACCAGUCUUUUGUGGACUCUAGCAAGUACUCCACUGCAGGGUCUCUCCAGGGUCUGGCCUUCUCCUGAACUAUAUCUGGCAUGAUCGUUCCCCCCAUGUGAAGAAUUGCCUUGACGGAUUUUACUAAUGAAGAAGUUGGAUUCUGCUUCAGAACAAAAUCUGACACAAGUCCCAGAGUGGAACUUUUAACUCAGGCCUUUUUUUUUUUUAAUUUAAGGGAAAAAAGAGGAAUCUCACAAUAACUGCAAAGUUUUUAAGCAAAAUAAAAUGAAAAACAAAACAAAACACCAUCCUUGCAAAGUGAUACUGAAAUUCACCAAGAGUCUGCAAGUGCAAGGUGUUAAUUUGAACUGUCCAUCCAGAGUACUUGAGAGUGAGAGAUUUAUUUUGUGUCAUGAAGAAAAUCCACAUACUGUAUGUCAAUUUUGUUUUCCAAGCUUGAUUUAAUUCAGCCACCACUUGUUUUUUGUUUUUGUUUUUUAAAUCAUACUGGGAGGAGGGGCACUAAAGGCCCACUUGUUCUUUCAUAAGGACUCUUUUCUAAAAGCCGUGUAAAUGGAAAUAAGGUAACAACACUUUUUUAAAAGGAGUUUGUAUGGAUCAGAAUAGAAAUGCCAGUUAGCAGUUGUCAGUUUUUCUUUCCUUAGAAAGAGUAAUGGUCAUGCCAGAUAAGGGUGGGCUUAUAUGUCUUACUCAUCCAGAGACAGUUCACUCAUCUGAUGUUUUGCAUUUUUGGUAUGUGUGUAUGUGUGCGUGCUUGCAUGCAUGUGUGUGUGUGUGUGUGUGUGUGUAUGUGUUAGGAUUCCAACUCUACAUGAGGCAGUGAGAUUUUUUUUUUACCCUCUGUUUCUUAGAACAUUGUACUUAAGUGAUUGUGUAAAUAAUGCAAGACAGAAAAUUAGCAAAAGCAUAGCUAAGGACAUGCAUAUCCCACCUUUACCUUGGAAACCCAGUGCCUCUGGAUAUAAUGCUAAAACUGCAGAAAUUAGACUAGCAUGGCUAUCUUUAGCUUAUAUCAAAGAAGUGGCCUCCCUUACUACGUAAGUACAGUUUAAUCCAGCCUACACAUUCAAAUCUCUUUGUGAUUUGAUGCAACAGGAUAAAGGCACAAAGUGAGCCACUUUAGUACAUUUUUUGCAUAACCGAAAAACCUUCCCUAGCUUUCAUUUGUGGUUUUCUUUGGGGAUUGGGGGGGCACAGUCUAGAGUCAUUCUGCCAUCCCAGAGAUGGCCCAGAAGCACACUUGCACACAGACAUAUCCAUCAGUUUCAAGCUGCAAUUGCUUUUGUAUCAGUAAAGCCCUUUCAGUUUGCAACAUAAUAUCUUAAGGAACAGGUAAUCACUUUUUUGAAAUAGAAAAUCAAAAUAUGAAAAAGGUAGAGGAAAUGGAGAGUAUAUGAAGGUUGGGAGAGUAUAUGAAGGUUGCAAAUUAAGUUCUCACAGGAACUUCGAUCUCAUUGCUGAGGGAAUGUUCGAAAAACUCUUAGUUUUUAGUUGCAGCAAACCUCUGAGGAUGUUACCUGAUCUUUUUCUCUUGCCAUUUCGUUUUGUAUGUAGAUAUACAUACUGUAGUUUUGGGGGGUGAGUUUGGUGAUUUUUCUUUGCCAAAUUUAUUGUUCUAUUUAUACAUUUUAAUGUCUUAAGACAGUUUUGCAAUCACAAACACAAACACACACACAAGAUUUACUGAAUAUUUUGCAAAAUGAGCUCACUACCUUUAAGAUUGCACAUGCUUGCAAAAUGAAUUAAAGAAAAAAAAGCUUUUUUUAAAAAAAGAAGGAUUUUGUAAAAUAUCCAUAUAAAUAAUGUAUUUAUCUUUGGAAUUUGUACAUUGCUUUUUUUCCUGCAGCAUCCCAGUUUAUUUUAUUGUGUAUGUUUGCUAUGUGAAAAGUGCUAAUUUGUUUGGUCACUCACAGGUGUAUUAGCUGUUUAAAUGUGAUUUUAAUACAAUUCAUUUAUAGGGUUUUUUAGUAAUUGUUUAAACCAUGCCUUCCAUUUUUGUUUAAUUUCCACUCAGAAGCCAUUGUCUAUUUUUGUAUUAUUUGUAAGUUAAGAAGUUUUUUUUCUCCAAUAUAUGGCAAAAAGUAGCAUAUUAUUCUUGUAGCAUUUAGUUACGUAGAUUUUUAAAAAAAGUAUCCUUUGCUUUUGAGGCUUAUAAAAAAAAUCUAAUGCUGUUUUACUCUAUUAAUAUGCAUGGAAUCUCUCCCCUUUGGAGUGACGCAUUUUUUGUGCAUUAAAUAUGGGGAGAAACUUCAUAGAAAUCAUUGAAAAUACUUUCUUUCUUGUCUGCUUGUAUAUUUCUCUGUCUUUCACAUAAAUAUAAACCAGCAGAUUGGAUGCCUUAACAAUGCAAAUCAUAUUCAUUUCACUUGUACAUUGUACUGCGCACCAGAACUGUCAAUCAUCACUAACAUUCUAAGGAAAAAAAUGGAAUUUGAAAAGCACAAAAGAACUGUUUUGUUACCUUAAGACAAUGUGACUUUUUUCUAGACAAGCAACAAUGCUGCAACUGUGCAUGCUUCCUGUAUGAAUUUUGCAACAGAUUCACUCAGAUGUCACUGUGUGAUCUUUUGGGAAGGGGUGUGGGGUGGGGGAGCAGCAAAAGAAGAAGAAAAAAUCCAUAAGGUUUUUGCCCAUGGAACAGUAAGAACACAUUCACACAUAAGAAAAACUGGAAAAUAUAAGGAAUAUUAAUGUAUUGCUUCUCUGUACUACAUUUAUUCUAAUUCACAUAGUAAGCAAUGACACUGCAAUGUAAUCAAAUUUAAAGCCAUAUUUUGUCCAGUGAUGCCCUCCACUGAACCCCAUUCAGACAGUUGCACCUAUAUAGAAACCCCAAUGAAGUAAUGUAUAUGUGUAUUCCUUUCCUUCAAUGCCCAAAGAUCCUUUAGUGAUAUGUAGAAUUUGUUCCAUUCUCGAGCUAUUUAUAGUACGCUGAUAAAAGAAAAUUUAUAUUUAAGAAUCUCCUUACCCGCAACAUACCCUAUGACUUUUACGUAAUUCUUAAAGAUGCCACUCUCUACAGAAUAUGGCUUUAAGUGGAAAUGAUCAUGUUUCAGUCUUUACAAAAUGAAGCCUCACACUGGCUGGUGGAUUGUGUGAAGGAUGCCUGUCUCCUUUCCAUUGUACCAGACUUCAUCUAAAAAAAAAAAAAAAAAAUAGAAAACCUGAAGUCAUCUGAGUCUACUAAUCUUUCACCUUCUUAACUAAACCUUUUGGAAUAGACACACACACUGUACAGUUCUAUUGUUAGAGAAAACUAACUACUGUAGAGAUUGUUAUAAUUUUUUUGCAGAAAUUCAAGCUGUAAAAACUUUUCAACUUUCACAAUAUUUAAUUAAAGUUACUUCCUGUCUGUGA